AUGGUAGAUGGAAACAUUACCGAUUGCCAAGUUUAUUGGAAGGCCUACCCGGAUCCAUCACAGAGCACCUAUGCAAUUGUCCCGUUUCUUUGUGUCUACAUAUUUCUUUUCUUUUUGGGUCUAUUUGGAAAUGUGACUCUAAUUUAUGUAACUUGUAGUUACAAAGCCUUGUUGAGCGUUCAAAACAUCUUCAUUCUCAAUUUGGCAGCUAGUGAUAUUAUGAUGUGCAUCUUAUCACUACCAAUCACUCCAAUCACAAAUGUCUACAAAAAUUGGUAUUUCGGAAAUCUACUGUGUCAUUUGAUUCCGUGCAUUCAAGGCAUCAGUAUAUUCGUGUGCACCUUCAGUCUGGGAGCCAUUGCUCUGGAUAGGUACAUCCUUGUUGUAAGACCUCAUACAACUCCUUUAUCUCAACGUGGUGCAUUUUUAACAACAAUCCUUCUCUGGAUACUUUCCUUUGUUGUCACACUCCCAUAUGCUUUUAAUAUGCAGAUGAUCGAGUAUACGGAAGAACAUAUCUGUGGUUACUUUUGCACAGAAAAAUGGGAAUCCGCAAAGUCUAGACGAGCAUACACAAUGAUAGUUAUGCUCGCUCAGUUUGUACUACCAUUCGCUGUCAUGGCCUUCUGUUAUUCUAAUAUCUUCUCCGUGCUUAGCAAACGGGCCCAGACAAAGAUACGUAAAAUGGUGGAGCGGACAAGUGCGCUAGAAAGUUCUUGCGCAUUUCCAUCGCACGGACUUGAGCAGUAUGAAAAUGAGCUCAACGAAUUUUUGGACAAGCAGGAAAAAGAAAAACAGAGGGUUGUACUUCAAAAUAGAAGAACAACGUCGAUUCUUGUGACCAUGGUCGUGUGGUUUGGCAUCACUUGGCUUCCACAUAACGUGGUUUCAUUAAUCAUUGAAUAUGAUGAAACUCAAUCAUUUUUCCGUUUAUUUGGCAGAGAUGAUUACGACAUCAGUUAUUUGCUGAAUCUGUUCACUCACAGCAUCGCGAUGUCAAAUAUCGUCGUAAACCCUGUACUCUACGCAUGGCUCAACCCAAGUUUCCGUCAAUUGGUUAUAAAAACGUAUUUCGGUGAUCGUCGCAAAAGUGACAGAAUCAUCAAUCAAACGUCGCUUUACAAGCAAAAGAUGUUGAAUGAGGCGAAAAAUUCAAAUGGACGAAUGAAGAAUGGGAAUAGUUGCCUUAAAGAAAGAGAGCUGAACUCAUGCUCAGAAAAUUUGAGCUAUCGGGUGAACGGGCAAACAAGAACGCCUACUCCUGAUGUGCAACUGCAUGAAGUUUCUAGUCCGGAAAUUAGUAAAGUUGCUGCCAAUCCGGAUGAAUUGAUUGAGUUCAGUGUCAACGACACCUUAGUUUGA